AUGCCCUGCUCCUUCGAAGCCCUGAAUUUGUCCCCAGCCAGCAUCCCAAUCGCUUAUCUUUUCCCCACCGGAUUCCACCUCCACAUCCUGAAGCCUCCAUUCGACCCCCCCCCACCCCACAUCCCCCGCCACACUCGGGCAGCCCCCUCCCGCCCGGCCCUGCUGGACCCAGCGCCGCCUUCUUCUCCCUGUCCUCGGUCGCCUCGGGCGGGGAUCUGUGCCCCGGAGCUCAAAGCCUGACGCGAUCCCCCCCUCUCCCAUCCCCCCCCCCCACCUCCCACCACCCAGUUCCUGGCGGCGAUGAGACAGAGCGGCGCCUCCCAGCCCCUGCUGAUCAACAUGUACCUGCCAGAUCCCGUCGGAGACGGUCUCUUCAAGGAAGGAAAGAGCCCGGGCUGGGGACCGCUGAGCCCCGCGGUACAGAAAGGCAGCGGCCAGAUCCAGUUAUGGCAGUUUCUGCUGGAGCUGCUGGCUGACCGCGCCAACGCCGGCUGCAUCGCCUGGGAGGGCGGCCACGGCGAGUUCAAGCUCACCGACCCGGACGAGGUGGCGCGGCGCUGGGGCGAGCGCAAGAGCAAGCCCAACAUGAACUACGACAAGCUGAGCCGCGCGCUGCGCUAUUACUACGACAAGAACAUCAUGAGCAAGGUGCACGGCAAGCGCUACGCCUACCGCUUCGACUUCCAGGGCCUGGCGCAGGCCUGCCAGCCGCCCCCCUCGCACGCCCACGCCGCCGCCGCCGCCGCCGCCGCGGCCGCCGCCGCCCAGGACAGCGCGCUCUACAAGCUGCCGGCCAGCCUGGCCCCGCUGCCCUUCCCUGGCCUCUCCAAACUCAACCUCAUGGCCGCCUCGGCCGGCGUCGCGCCCGCCGGCUUCUCCUACUGGCCAGGUCCGGGCCCCGCCGCCACGGCCGCCGCCACCGCUGCGCUCUACCCCAGCCCGGGCUUGCAGCCCCCGCCCGGGCCUUUCGGCGCGGUGGCCGCGGCCUCGCAUCUGGGGGGCCAUUACCACUAG